UAUUCUUGUCUUAGAUUUGUCUAGAUACGGAUGUAUCUAAUACUAAAGCGUGACUUGAUACAUUUGUAUUUAGACAUUUGUAUUUGGGACGGAGGGAGUACAUUUUUAGGUUGGCGCAAGGAUUUGGUCUCCGCUGGGAAAUGGGGCUAGGUGAGGUGGCUGAGCUGCCUUGCCUUGGAUCCGAUCUGGUGGCUGUGAGAGGCAGAAAAUGUGUGUGCUGUGUAGACAUGCCGAGAUAUGGCGCGGUAAGUCAACUGUAGUGCACAUGGACAUGUAUGCCUAGGGGAGGGGAGGAACCCGAUCUGGGUCUAGAGGGAAUUGAUAUUAACUACUAGUGCGGCAUUAUUUGUUUUAUUUAUUUGAUAUAAAAGCUGGACUUAUACUCGGUGAAUCAACGACAAGUCUUUACCGGUGUUGCACUUGGUUACCUUGUCCAGUUCUUUUUUGGGGGGUCCGGUCUGGGGCAGCUGAAGGAACGGUGGACGGUGUUUUACUGCCAUUUUCUUCUUGUUUGGUUUAUUUAUGUAUUUUGUGGAAGAAGGGUGGACGGUGUCCCGUGGGACUGCAAGCGGUGCGUGUUGGUGGGACGUGCGUGCGUGCGUACGCGGCGGGGCAUGAAUCCGGGAGCGCGUGACUGGCAUGAUUGCUUGUGGGGGAGGGAGGAUUGGAUUGAAUUUGGUGGCGGUGUCGUGCGUGAGGACGGACGGACAGGCCCAAGAGAUAGAGGUGCCCCUCCCUGCUUCACUGGAGUAAGCAGGGCAUUAACGACGGCCUUAUUACUGGCCUGACCAACGGGAUGGAGAGCGCAUUCAACUCGAGCGAGCGCAAUCAGACAAACAGAAACGCUCCCCAGACCCACGCCCCAUCCCUCUCCCAGGCACGUGCGUCGGCGAUGGAGACGGCAGCGGACACGGUGGAGCUCCAUGGAUGAAGCUCAACAGCGGGCGAGGACGAGGACUGAGGUACCCACCUUCCCUUCUCCGCUCCUCGUCAUUCCUUGGCGCCUCGCCUGCAUCGCAUCGCAUUGCCUUGCCUUGCCUUGCCUGCUUCCUCCCCCCACCUACGCGCGGAUUUCUUCCUGAAACCUCGACUCGCCCAGAGCCCUCCUCUCUUCUCUUGUGUCGCCUUCUGUCUGCUUCUUCCUCCUUCGCCGCCGGUCACCAGCGUGAUAUGAACAGCUUCGAAUUCAUCCACGAGCACCAGCGUGCUUCCCGUUUCGACGGUUCACUCGCCUUCACUAGAUUUCAAAAACACUUCGGUUCAGGCUCAGGUUCUGGUUCACAUUACCGUCUUUCUGACGGACGGGAAGAUGCCAUCUCGCUGUAGAGUACUGUCUGCCUUGGCCGCCUCCUCCAUCUGCUGCUCUGCAAGAUCGCAGAAUGAUUCCUUUAGUCCACCUGCUGGUCCUGGUCACGGAGCACACUUGUUUUCUCCCUUGGAGGACGGUAGCAGCUUUUUCGCCUGGGGAGCGGUAAUUUACUCCCUCCAACGUGCUCUGCCCACAUUUCUCUCCUUUUACCACGCCACCAAGAUCCAUAGCAUUGUCUCUAGCAAGAUGGAUCGAAUGCUUUUGGACCGGCCCACUCGAUCCUCGGCCCUGCCAUUCACAUGGACACACAACAAUGGGACUUGAAAUCUUCCUCUGGUUUCACCUUUACUAGUACCUCGGAUGCUGUCUUACUGCAGCAGCAUUAUUAGUUUUAGUAUCACCUCCUGUCAGUAAGGCCACUAGUUUAAUCCUGUCCUACUAUGACUAUGCUCAUCCCAGGCCACCCUCCUCACUCUACCCAUCACCACCAUUACUUUAAUGGCAGUGGUUGCAGAAAGAGGGCAAAAACGAACGAGAUGCGUUUGUUUGCAACCAAUGGGUCUCAUUCCGGCCACAUGGAGGCAGCCAGCCAGCCACGGGUCUCAAAAUCCAGCACCGAGGAAUGCCGUACGGUGGCCGCCACCGGGAUUAUUAUGCCCUCCAGUCUCAAGAUUUUGUUUGCCCCUGACCUGGGACCAAACCCAAUGAUGAACCACGUUUACAUGUACUACUACUAGCAUCCAUCUAUCAGUGUCAGCAUCAGGCCCCCCUUUUCUUUCCUUUUCAUCAUUCCUCAUCAUCUUGGCUGGCCUACCGAGCUUGGCCGUCACGGAGGCGAUCAAUCAACCAAUCAAAUGGUUUUUCCAUUUUGUUUUCCCGUUCGCGGCGUCGUCGGUGCAGAGGAGAUUGGCAGCUGCUCAUGUGGGAUCCCAGGAACAGGCCCCAGGUGUUGAUAGUUGAUUGAUAUUACACAUAAUUCCUUUUUUCUUCUCCAAGAGAAUGCCAAGUGACUUCAACCAUUGACACAACUUGCUAAUAGUGUUAUUGUAUAAAUGUAUUAUAAUGCAUGUAGAAUCUAGAUACGACGUGUGCCUCGCAACCAACCGGUUCAGCGUCGCCGAAAAGGGAAUUCAGAGAUGCAAAGGGGAAGCUGCUGCUGCCUGCCCACCACCACCUACAUGGAUGGUUGGAAUAGUUUGAGCAGCGGUGGUUGCAGAUGGCACGUCCAUGCGCAUGCAGCUCGAGGUGAGGUGUAGCCAUCAGAAAUGAAAGAAAGAAAGUUUGGUCGUCUCCUCAAGAAGCCGCCGCGCCGUCCUUUGCCGACAGAAUCCAGUGGCUAAAGCCGCGUUUGAUUAAACAAAAGAGAGCGGGAGAUGAGGUGUCGCAGAAUGAUGAUGAUGAUGUCGAUGAUGAUGAUGAUCUUAGUGCUGCUCGUUAUUGAUCUGAGGCUUGCGGUGUUAAGCUACUGAUGGCACCAUCUUUGCAGAACCUGUCCUGUUGUGGUUGUGCCCAAGUUCCUGCAAACGAAGGUUCUGGUUUUUGCCUUUUCACGGCGAAUGCUUAAGAACGUCGUGUUCUAGCAGCAAAGACCAGUUGCAACCUGGCCAUGCUCUUUUUGCAUCAGUUCGCAGUUUGGUGCUAUCUUCUUGCACAUGGCGGGUUUUUGAAGCCUUGCCAAGCCUGAGAUCUCUGACCACCGCCAAGCCAAGCAUCCGUAACAUCUGCGGCUCUCAUGUCAGUUGUUGCCCUCUCAACUUUCAGUCCACAGUCUCCAUCCAACAUCACACCCAAUUAGCACAUGCAAUCCAGUCUCUUUGUAGUUGGAAACAGAUGGCUGCUGUUCUAGGUGUCCUAGCCGUAGACCUAUUUAACUUAUCUUUCCUAGUGUGUAGUGCUGUGGGUUGAGAUGUCCCCUGUCUUGCAGGGUGCUGGUCCUGAAUUGAGUUUAUUAUCACAAUGAUGGAUGUGCAGUGCAUUUACAAGACUUUUCUUGUCGUUGAAGUUGAUAGCUUUCUGUCCCUUCGUUGCUCGGAUUCUCUUGCCUUCAUAUAAGCUGACCCCUUUGUUAAUCAUAACUUAGAACUCCACCUCUCUUUAGUUGUACUCUCAGACCAGGAUACUGUCUGAAGCAAUUCAUAAGUUAGGCCGGUUCAUUACCGUUUCGGUUGAUUUCUGCCUUUGAACUACCAGAGAGAUCUUGUCACUGCCGUAUGUUCGGCAAGCUUCAUAGAUCUGUUUAGCACUAAGAUAGAUAGCUAGAUUGAACUGGAUGGGGUCUGUUUGAUAUUCCUCCCCAGUCCCCACUCCCUACCUGCAAACUAGCCGAUGAUGGAUCUCCACAUGAAGCUUCUCGUGACCUCCCUCAGCUGUGUACUUCUGAUACAAGGAGCAUUCUGUGAUAACGCCGCAGGGGGGACUGGAGCCACAAGCUGGACAUGUGUAUGCGCUGCUCAUCCGCUAGGUGAACCAAACUCCAACAGCAGCCUGUCAUCCAGUUGCGACUCCUCGUGCCAUUGCCUACGAGAUGAAAACGGCGGCACAGGGUCAUGGAACUGCUCGUGCCGCUCCGAUAAGGCCCUUCAGGAAGAAGAAGAUGGUGUGGUGCACAGCACGAGUUGCUUCACUUCCUGUAACUGCACAUCUGGAAAUUCUGAACAAGGGAGGAAGCAUUUCUCUAGCAAAACAGUCAUUGCAACACUCCUGGUAUGUGUGGUUCUCACCACUGUUGCUUUUGUCGGCACCACGGCGUACUACUUCCGCCGCAAGGACGCGCUCUCUCCGCGUUCCAGGAUGCACUCUUUUGACAAGUACGCCAGCUGGAAUAGCAGAUCGAACCUCGUUAGCCACCGAUCUUCUCCCCUUACCCAACUGAAACCCAAACCCGGGCUCAGUGUCAUCAAAGGGUUUUUGUGCAGCUGUCCGCUCGUCUCCCGGAGCGAAGACGGCCCAUUCCCUGGCGUGGUUCUCCGAUUCUCCUACGCGGAGUUGGACCAGGCAACCGGAAAAUUCUCCGACGAACAGCUCAUCGGCGUCGGUGGGACGAGCAAGGUGUAUCGUGGCCAGCUCGCUGAUGGCAAAGUCGUCGCCGUGAAGAAGCUUCGGCCCCUCGGCGGUGCGGACGAAGACUAUGAGUUCCUGUCAGAGAUAGAGCUGCUGUCGCGGCUGAACCACUGCCACGUGGUGCCAUUGCUGGGGUACUGCUCGGAGCGGCAGGGGCGGCAGCUGGAGCGUCUGCUGGUGUUCGAGUGCAUGACCAACGGCAACCUGAGGGAGUGCCUGGACGACCUCAACAGGAAGCCCAUGGACUGGGCGACGCGCGUCGGCGUGGCGCUGGGUGCGGCGAGGGGCCUCGAGUACCUCCACGAAGCGGCGGCGCCACGCAUCCUCCACCGCGACAUCAAGUCCACCAACAUCCUGCUCGACGACAGGUUCAGAGCCAGGAUCACGGACCUGGGCAUGGCCAAGUGCCUGAUGAACGAUGGCGUGACCAGCUGCUCCAGCUCGCCGGCGCGCAUGCUGGGCACCUUCGGGUACUUCGCGCCCGAGUACGCCAUCGUCGGCAAGGCAUCGCUCAAGUCGGACGUGUUCAGCUUCGGCGUGGUGGUGCUGGAGCUCAUCACGGGCCGGCAGCCGGUGCACAAGAGGGGCGGCGCCGGCGCCAGCGGCGCGGGCACGGACGAGAGCUUGGUGAUGUGGGCGACGUCGCGGCUGCGGGACAGCAGGCUGGUGGUCGCGGAGCUGCCGGACCCGGCGCUGAAGGGCGCGUUCCCGCCCGAGGAGAUGCAGAUCAUGGCCCACCUGGCCAGGGAGUGCCUGCAGUGGGACCCCGAGGCCAGGCCCACCAUGACCGAAGUCGUCCAGAUCCUCUCCACCAUCGCGCCCCACGCCGACAAGCGCCGUCGCCACCACCUGCCCGCCGCCGCCGGCGCCUUCGCCCCGGGCUUCCACGCCGAGAGGCCGCGGGAAUGCUCAGUGUGGCAGGACGACGACGACUACGGCCAUCGCCGCGAUCACCUGCACGGAGGGAACGGCAGCAAUGCCAAGGGCGCCGUCUUGUCCGGAGAGGUCACGGUUAACGUCGGGAUGCCAGUGACGAUGAUGACGACGAUGGGGCGGAGCUGGCGGUCGGCGGAGCAGGAGGAGGUGGACCUGACGGAGCCGCGGCUGGAGACGUUCACGGAGCCGACGACGACAGCCAGCCCCUUCAGGUGAACGUGAGAUGAAUCGAAUACGUAGUAGAAGAGAUUGAUAGAAUAGUCAAGUAGAGCCAGAGAAGAAAAAUGUGAGUGAGAUGCAUUGUACAGGCAAGAACGUAAUCAAAUCAAUUUGAGAAGAAAAAUGUGAGUGAGAUGCAUUGCGACCAAAUUUACCAAACGAUUCGAUGCUA